AUGGUCAGGGGAGGACGUCAUGGCUUUCGUGACGUCAAAGUGAGGUAUCAGAAAUUUCUCAGUUGGAAUUGGUCGGAUCUACUUCAGCUAAAUGGAUCAACUUCAAAGAAGACGCCUCGUUGUAGUGAUGAAGCACGGAGAGCCGCUACCCUGAGGUUGGUGAGAUGUGGAGAGCUUUCAAGAGCUUCCAGGUUGUUAACCAGCAAAGGCCUAGCUCCUGCCUCAGAAGAUACCACAGCAAAGCUGGCUUCCAAGCACCCUUCCAGAGCCACGGGGUUGCAUCUUCCUUCUUUGUCUCAAGAUUCAAUCAAACUGUCAAGCUCAGCGCUGUUUGAUGCCAUUAGACGAGCUCCACGGGGUUCUGGUGCAGGUCUCUCAGGCUGGCGCUUCGAGCAUUUGAAAGUUCUACUUGAAAACGAGCUCACAGCAGAUUGUCUUUUUUCCGCUUGUUCGGCUAUUGCUAGAGGCAUAUUGCCUGCUGCUGCAGUAACCCUCUUUUCUUCAUCUCGGCUAAUUGCUCUGCCCAAGUCCAAUGGCGACAUACGACCUAUUGCAGUUGGUGAAGCUAUACGCAGGCUGACAGCUCGAGCUAUAUGUCAACAAAAAAAGGAACUGUUCUCAAGCUUCUUCUGCCCCAUCCAGCAUGGUGUGGCAACCGAGUGUGGCACUGAGCUGAUUGUCCAUCACAUUGAGCUACUCCUCCAGCACAAUCCCGACUGGGUUGUAUUAAAAUCUGAUGUCAGAAAUGCAUUCAAUUCCAUCAGCAGACAACAGAUGUUGGAGCAAGUGGUCGGGUCAUUUCCAGAUAUCUUGAAUCAUGUAGCUCAGAUGUAUGGGAGGAUCAGCCCAUUGGUAUUCAUGCAAGGUAUCACUCCAGUUACAAUCGAAUCUGCAGAAGGGGUCCAUCAAGGCGACCCGCUGGGGCCAGUUCUAUUUGCCACUGCCAUUCAUUCUGUUCUAAAAGAUCUUCAGGAGAUGCAUCCGAAGGUUCGUAUCUUGGCAUACUUGGACGACGUCUUUGUACUGGGUCACCCUACGGAUAUUCAGUCUGCCUUUCAAGAUCUGAAAAAGUCUUUUUUUGCCAUCAACAUGAUCAUUGCAGAUUCAAAGUGUGAGAUCUACUGCCCUUCUACACGUGAUCCUGUUGAAGGCUUUGACUGCAUACCAGUCACUGAUGAUGGAGCCAUCUUUCUUGGAGCACCCGUAGGCACACCUUCAUUUGUUGCCUCCUCUUGCUCGAACAUCGCAAAGUCAAAAUUCUUACUGUGUAACGAACUUGUUCAAUUGGGAGACAUACAGAGUGCCAUGCUCUUGUUGAGAGGCUCUCACGUCCCUUGCCUGAAUCACUUGGCACGCUUAGUUCGUCCUGAGUUGCUCACACAAGCAGCUUCAAUUCACGACUCUCAGACAAGAAAGACAUUUUGCCAUCUACUUGGGUUCAACGAGAUUGAGGACAUGCCUUGGCGCCAAGCUGUUUUGCCAAUUAGACUUGGUGGCUUUGGCAUGACUUCGUUGGCUUUUGUGUCGCAGCCUGCCUUUGUUGCAUCCUGGGCUCACGCCAUUGUGGAACUGCCUCUUCGUUUUCCAAGUCUCUUUCCAGCUGUUGACAGCCUAGUUAAUUCAACUACUGGGGCUCUUAGUAACGCCCUGACCCAAUCUGUCCCUGAUGGAAAGCAUAUUUCCGAAUAUCUGACAUCUGCAGGCAAAGUUCAGCAUCAGCUAUCCAUGUCAUUUGCUCGCUGUGAGGCAGAAAUCUUGUUCACAGAUGCACCCACAGCCCGAGAUGCAGCACGACAUCGAUCUACAAAAGGAAAAGGAGCUGGUGCAUGGCUGAACGCAAUCCCGACUUCAGAAGUGCUCGCACUAAAUUCUUACGAGUAUCGUUUAGCGUCCUUGCUGAGGUUGGGCUUGCCCAUUCCUCUUUCUGACUGGAUGACAACAUGCAACUGUGGUGCCUCCCUGGACAGCAGUGGGUACCAUCUGCUAACAUGCAAAACCGGUGGAGGGCCAGUUUGGUCGCACGAAUCGCUUGCAUCAGUCUGGUCUGAUUGCCUGCGGGAGCUGCACAUCCAUCAUCGAAGGGAACCGAGGCAUCGGUAUGCCAAUUCCAAUGACCGGCCAGACAUUGUAGCCUUCGACUCAGACUCUGGGUGCAAUGUGGAUCUGGACAUAGCUCUAGCACACCCAUGGAGCUCGGACAUCUUCCCUAGAUCUUCGGAAACAGAUGACGCCGCUGCUGAGAGAAGAGAGGAGAGAAAAAAGUCAAAAUACGAGAAGGAAUGUCUACCAGGUGGAACUGCUGUCAGUCUCAUUCCUCUGGUUAUGGAGCAUUUUGGACGCUGGGGUGUCAUGGGAAGAAACUUCCUGCAGAAACUAGCAAAGAAAUCAUGUGACGAAAUUGGUAGACCAAACGCUGCAGAGUUCCUUGACUUUUGGCGAAAAAGAUUCUCCCUUCAGCUGCAAAAAUGCAAUGCCAAAGUCAUACUGAGGAAGAUGGCAAGCUUGUCAAGUGACACAAGUAGCGCUAAGUACUCAACCCAGUUCUUUAGCCACUAGGCUGACCUGGGUUAUCUUUUAAGUUAAGUUGUUACUAUUUUUAGUGCUUUUUC